AUGGCAGGAGCUGAAGGAAUAUCUGUGAGCAUCUCCACAUUUAGCCUGGUUGCCAUAGCUAUCGAGCGCUACAGUGCCAUCUGUAACCCUCUGAAGUCGAGGGUGUGGCAGACCCGCUCCCAUGCCUAUCGGGUGAUCGCUGCGACCUGGGUGCUAGCCUUGGUCAUCAUGAUCCCCUAUCCAGUCAUCAGCAACUUGGACUCUUUUCAGCGUGCUGACAACACCACUGCUCACCAGUGCCGCCCCAAGUGGCCCCUCGCUACCGCGGAGCAGGCCUGGUACAUUCUGCUGCUGCUUGUGCUGUUUGCAAUCCCAGGGCUGGUGAUGAUUGUAGCCUAUGGACUGAUCUCCAGGGAACUUUACAGAGGCAUCCAGUUUGAGAUGGGCCACAAAAAAGACUCUACUGAGGAAAGAAAGGAUGUAGAAGGACGGGAGCAGAAAGAUUUUUCAAGCUGUUGGAAAAUAAGACUUGGACUUCAUAAAAAUGCGAAGGUGACCCAUGCAGAUGUGAAGAAUGGACUGACCUCUGCUGCGUCCACCGGUAGUGAUGAUGGAGAUGGUUGCUACGUUAAUGUCGUCCAGCGGCCACCCUCUAUGGAGAUGUCCACCAUGGCUACAACUGUCAGGGCAAACAAGGCCGAAAGACCACGCAGCAACACCUCUGAAGCCAAGCUGGAGGCCAAGAAGCGAGUCAUCCGCAUGCUGGUUGUCAUUGUUGUCCUUUUCUUUCUCUGCUGGAUGCCGCUGUACUGUGUCAACACCUGGAGAGCGUUCGAUGACGUCUCGGCCAAACAUGCCCUCACAGGCGCUCCCAUCGCUUUCAUCCAUUUGUUGUGCUACACUUCUGCCUGCGUCAACCCCAUUAUUUACUGCUUCAUGAACACACGUUUCCGAAAAGCUCUGCUAGCCACGUUCUCGUGCUGCGCUGCACCUUGCCAUCGCCGCCGCCGCCAUGGGCUACGGGACAACGAGGAGGACGUUAUGGCAACCGGGGCAUCCAUGUCAAAAUUUAGUUACACUACAGUCAGCACCAUGGGAACCUGCUGAGGCAGAUCGAUGAAGCCACAAUCCAGAAGAGACAGU